GACAAGACUGAAGCAGCAUUCAACGCAGAGACUCGAGAGGAAGACUCUCUCUGGUUGUAGCUCCAAACGGUGUAGAAACCCAAAAAUGGGAAGGUUUGAAGAGACAAUGGAUUCAAUCAAAUCUCUUCAGAUCAGACAGUCUCUCACACAAGCCAUCAGUCUCGGUAUGGUUGUUGCAUCUGCGUUGAUUAUAUGGAAGGCAUUGAUGUGCAUUACUGGGAGUGAAUCUCCUGUUGUCGUUGUUCUUUCUGAAAGCAUGGAACCUGGCUUCCAGAGGGGAGACAUUUUGUUCUUGCACAUGAACAAAGAUCCUAUUCGUGCUGGGGAAAUUAUCGUGUUUAAUGUUGAUGGCAAGGACAUUCCAAUUGUUCAUCGAGUAAUCAAGGUUCAUGAAUGCCGAAAAACUGGAGAAGUUGAUGUCCUCACAAAAGGGGAUAACAAUGAUAAGAAUGACCGAAUUUUAUAUGCUCGUGGUCAGCUCUGGCUCCAGAGGCACCAUAUCAUGGGCAGAGCAGUGGGGUUCUUACCCUAUGUUGGUUGGGUGACGAUCAUAAUGACUGACAAUCCUAUUAUAAAGUAUAUCAUUAUUGGUGUUUUGGGGCUGCUUCUUGUUGCAUCGAAGGACUAAAAGUAUGAGAUUCAAGUCGUGGAUCAACUUCCCCAAAAAUGGUUCGGUCAUUAGCAACACUGCAACAACUGCCAUUUAUUUAUUUUUUUUGGUUCAACUUUCUCAAUUGUAAGGAGGAAGUAAUUCUGAUGUAUAACCUUACAACCUGAAUAGGUGAAAUUUUGCUACAUAUUUGAUGGGGUUAGUUGG